GUCGACCGCUACUGCCCCGGAACCCAGCUCCGCGUCGCAGGCGGAUGGGUCAGAGACAAGCUAUUGGGGGAGGAGUCUAAGGACAUCGACAUCGCGCUCGAUAACAACAUGACGGGCCAAGAUUUCUGCCGCCAAGUCAACAAAUACCUGGAGUGGAUAGGCGAGGAGCAGAAAACAGUUUGUGUUAGCCAACGCAAUCCUGACAAAUCCAAGCACUUGGAAACCGCAAAGAUGGAAAUCUUUGAAUUCUCGAUUGAUUUUGUCAACUUGCGGUCUGAAACAUAUGCUGAAAACAGUCGGAUUCCCAUCGUGGAGAAUUGUGAAGCCAAAGUAGAUGCGCUCCGCAGGGACCUAACAAUCAAUAGCUUAUUCUAUAAUAUCACAACUAAAUCAUUGGAAGAUUUGACUGGAAGAGGUCAUCAAGAUCUGAAAAAUGGCCUCAUUGCUACUCCUUCACCUGCCAAAGCUACAUUCCUGGAUGAUCCCCUCCGGGUUCUUCGAGCGAUCCGAUUUGCUGCUAGAUUAAGCUUUACAUUAGCUGAAGAUUUGAAAAAAGCCGCUUCUGAUGAAGAGGUGAAAUCGGGUCUUCGUAGCAAGAUUAGCAGAGAACGUAUUGGUAUUGAGGUUGACCGUAUGAUGUUAGGCAAAGAUCCGGUUAAUGCAAUGUGCUAUAUCCGUGAUUUGGGAUUAUUUUCCGUUGUUUUUGAAUUUCCUGAGAAACCCGAUCCUCCAGUUCUUGACAAACAUGAUUGGAUAUGUGUUUCACAUAUUGAAGAGGCAUGGAAUCUUGCACAGUUGAUUGGCUGCUCUGUGUUCAGAGGUGGUUCUGAUUCCAAGUCACAGCUGGUUGAACCAUCAUGGUUUCGAAUACAAAUAAAGGUCCUCCAUUGUUCCAAUAUUUGUUUAUCAAUUCACUAAGUCUUAUAUCUUAUUACAUGUAGUAUUGUUACUCCGGAGAUAUGCAAUACUAAGAUUCUUACAGUUUCAUCCUACUGUUAGAAAAACAAUGAUGCUCUAUGUUAUGGCUUACAAGAAACAAGAUUUACUUCCAAUCAAUUUCCUCUUGUUUUCCCACUAAGAUUUAUGAUGGUCUUUAGGAUGAACAAAGAAGGCUUUGCUUGUAUAGUGCACUAUUUUAUCCUGUUCGAAAUAUGGUGUACAUGGUCAAAAAAUCAAAAAAGGUAACAUUUAACUCAUGCAAUCUCCAAACUUAU